AUGAAGAAGGCCUAUAAUUCAGCGGAAUGGGGUUAUUUAGAACAAGUGUUGACACAUCUGCAGCUGCCAGGGAGAUUUGUGCAAUGGAUUAUGAAUUGUGUUACAACAGUGUCAUACUCCAUUAUGAUUAAUGGGCAGCCUACAAAGCCAUUUCAAGCUAAGAAAGGAUUGAGACACGGAGAUUCCCUAUCUCCUUACCUAUUUGUGCUGGUUAUGGAGUACUUGACAAGACUAUUGAAGACACUUAAAAAGGAUCCUAAUUUCAACUACCAUCCUAAAUGUGGGAAACUGAACAUAGUGCAAUUGAGCUUUGCUGAUGACAUAUUACUAUUCUGUAGAGGUGAUGCCAUAUCUGUUCAACUACUAUUUCAGUGCUUUCAGCAGUUCUCAAAGGCUUCAGGGUUAGGGGCAAAUGCUGAUAAAAGCUCCAUGUUCUUUGGUGGAGUGCAUGAUGAUAACCAACAGAGGAUAUUGCAAGACUUGGAAUUUAUCAAAGGAACACUACCAGUUAGGAAGAAUUCAGCUAAUCAAGAGUGUGCUAUCUCUAUUCAAGUAUACUGGUCUCAUGUGUUUGUACUACCAAAGAAAUUGAUCCAACUUAUUGAAAGAGUAUGUAGAACACUCAUAUGGACUGGGGGUGUAGAAGUGUCAAGGAAAGCUCUAUUGUCAUGGGAUAGUUUGUGCAAACCUAAAGCAGCAGGUGGUUUAAAUUUGCUGGAUAUAGAGGAAUGGAAUAAGGCAGCUAUAUGUAAACUCCUUUGGAACCUGUGCAUGAAGAAAGAUAGGAUGUGGGUGAAAUGGAUACAUGUGUAUUAUAAGAAGCAGAAUGCAUUGUGGAGUAUUGUACCAAAACAAGCUUCUUGGAUAGUACAGAAGAUUCUUAAAGCCAAACAAUACUUUGAGGAAGCUGGUUAUACAGAUGAGGAUGUAGAGGGGAUAAGCAGCUUCUCUAUUAAGAAGAUGUAUGGGAAACUGAGGGGUAACUUUGAUAGAGUACCAUGGAGGAAACUGGUGCACAGCAGUGUUGGAGUGCCAAAAUGGAACUUUAUUGUUUUCCUAGCUGCACAUAGAAGGUUGAUGACUAAAGACAGGUUGAGGGGUUUGGGCUAUGUGGAAGAUAUAACAUGUUCUUUAUGUAACAGUGAGGAGGAGACAGUGGAUCAUAAGUUUUUUGAAUGUACUUAUUCAUCGAGAGUAUGGACAGCAAUGCUGCAAUGGCAAGGGAUUCAGAGGCAACCAAUGAUGUGGGGAAAUGAACUUGAAUGGGCAGGAAAGUACUAUAAAGGGAGGAACACAACAGCUGAGUUAUAUAAACUCAUACUGGCAGGAACCUUGUACUACAUAUGGAAAGAGAGGAACGGCAGGAUCUUCAAAGGAGUACAACGAUCAGAAGACCUUAUGUUUGGUUUUGGUCCCGAGGGCCUCGGGGUGCAAGCCCGUAGAGUGAUGAAAGGGUCGCAGAUACGAUUAAGCAAGAUCUGGGGAGAGGACGCAGGUGCGAUGGAAUUCCCGCACCUGCGAUGGUUGAAAAAGCGGACUUCAGAGCGCAGAUGCGGUCUUUUGAUCGCAGAAGCAGAGGCAGUGUUUAAGUGA